AUGAAGCAAUCUGUUGUCGCUUCCCUGGUGGCCCUCGCGGCCUCCGCCUCUGGCGUCCAGGCCACUGAGCUGGUCAGCCUGCCUGUCAACCUCUGUGCCUCCGUCCUUGGCGAGGCUGAGUGCAAGCAGCAGGCCCGCAGCGUCGACAGCCUCAUCAACGUGCCCGUUGAUGCCUGCGUCGCUGCCCUUGGCAAGGCCAAGUGCGACCAGAUGGCUGGUGCUCGCCGCAGCGAGUCUCUCGUCAACAUUCCCCUGAACCUGUGUGCCGCUGUCCUCGGUGAAGCCGAGUGCAAGCAGCAGGCCCGCAGCGUCGACAGCCUCAUCAGCGUCCCCGUUGAUGCUUGUGUCGCCGCCCUCGGCAAGGCCCACUGUGACCAGAUGGCUGGUGCCCGCCGUGCCCAGACUCUGGUUGACAUUCCCGUCAACCUCUGUGCCUCCGUCCUGAGCAAGACCCAGUGCGACCAAGUCUCCAAGGCCACUGACAGCCUGAUCAGCGUUCCCCUUGAUCUUUGCAUUGCCGCUCUCGGCAAGGCUCAGUGCGAGCAGCUCACCAUCGCUCCCCGCAGCCAGUCUCUCAUCAACAUUCCCGUCAACCUCUGUGCUGCCGUCCUUGGUGAGGCUGAGUGCAACCAGAAGACCUCUGACUCCAACGGUCUUGUCAACGUCCCCGUCAACGCUUGCGUUGCCGCUCUUGGCCAGGCCAAGUGUGACCAAAUGACUGGCUCCGGCUCCUCCGACAGCGACAGCCAGUCCCUCGUGAACAUCCCCGUCAACCUCUGCGCUGGUGUCCUCGGCGAGGCUGAGUGCAAGCAGAAGACCGCUGACUCCAACGGUCUCGUCAACGUCCCCGUCAACGCCUGUGUCGCUGCUCUUGGUAAGGCCAAGUGCAACCAGUCCACUGGCUCCGCUUCCGCCACCAGCUCUGCCUCCGGUUCCUCUUCCACCUCCGGCUCUGACAGCGAGUCGCUGAUCAACAUCCCCGUUGGUCUUUGCGCCGCCGUCCUCGGUGAGGCUGACUGCAAGCAGAAGGAGUCCUCCGCCUCCAACGGUCUCAUCAACGUCCCUGUCAACGCCUGUGUCAGUGCUAUCGGCAAGGCCAAGUGUGACCAGGCUUCCGGCUCUUCCUCCGGCUCCGGCUCCGGCGAGUCCCUGAUCAACGUUCCCAUCAACAUCUGUCUGCCCAUCCUCGGUGAGGCUCACUGCAACCAGCAGUCCAACUCUGGCAACGGCCUGAUCAACAUCCCCAUCAACCUCUGUCUCUCUGUCCUCGGUGAGGCUGAGUGCAACCAGGGCUCCACCACCACCAUGACCACCUCUGCCCCUGCUUCCUCUUCCACCCCCUGUGACACUGAGACUUCCGAGAUUGUCCACUCCACUGUCAUCCCCGGUCCCUCCGGCUCCGGCUCCAUCACUGUCCCUGCUAAGCCUACUCCUACCGGUGAGGCUCCCGAGUCCUCCACUCCCUGUGACACUGAGACCUCCGACAUUGUUCACUCUACCGUCAUUCCCGGUCACUCUGGCUCCGGUUCCAUCACCGUCCCCGCUGUGCCCACCCCCACUGGCGAGUCCCCCGUUGAGUCUUCCACCCCCUGUGACACCGAGACCUCCGAGAUGAUCCACUCCACUGUCAUCCCCGGUCACUCUGGCUCCGGCUCUAUCACUGUUCCCGCCAAGCCCACCCCCACUGGCGAGUCCCCCGUUGAGUCCUCCACUCCCUGUGACACUGAGACCUCCGACAUUGUUCACUCCACUGUCAUCCCCGGUCACUCUGGCUCCCAGACUGUCUCUGUCCCCGUCAAGCCCACCGGUACCCCCACUGGCGAGUCCCCUGUGAUGCCCUCCGAGACUGCUCCUGCUCAGUCCUCCACUCCUGCCUGGACUGCUCCCGCUGAGUCUUCCACUCCCUGUGACACCGAGACCUCCGAGAUGGUCCACUCCACUGUCAUCCCCGGUCACUCUGGCUCCGAGACCGCCUCCGUUCCCGCUAAGCCUACUGGCGAGUCUCCCGUUGGACCUUCCGAGGGUGCCUCUACCCCCGCCUGGACCGCCCCCGCUGUGACCUCCACCCCCGCCUGGACUGCCCCCGCUGGCACUGCUCCCGCCGAGACCUCUACUCCUUGCGACACUGAGACCUCCGAGACUGUCCAGUCCACUGUCAUCCCCGGCGGCCCCAACGGCAACGGUAACGGCUCUGGCUCCCAGACUGCCUCCGUUCCCGCCCAGCCCACUGGCGAGUCCCCCGUCCAGCCUUCCGAGGGUGCCUCCACCCCCGCCUGGACUGCUCCUGCUGUCACCAGCUCUGCCACCAACGGCUGGAACGCCCCUGCCCCCAGCCACCCCGCUGGCCAGCCCUCCGGUGCCAUGUCCGUCAGCACUGCCACCUACUACAAGACCGUCACCGUCUGCAACGCUGCCUGCUCCGGCUCCAAGACUGCCUCCAUGCGCCACGUGAAGCCCACCUCCCCCGCUGGCUCCUCCACCCCCGUUGGCUCCAUGCCCACUGCCCCCGCCGGCACCGCUGGUCCCUCCGCUCCUUCCUCCCCCUCUUCUCCCUCUUCCCCCUCCGGAGCCAGCGCCAACUCCCCCAGCUCUAGCCCUGUCUUCAACGCUGCUGGCCGUGCCACCAUGUCCGGCUUCGCCGUCGUCUUCGGUGCCCUCUUCGCUGCUGCUAUGCAGUUCUAA